UGUAUCCAAACUGUAAUGUCCAGCAAAUUCACUACUCUGGAGUUAAUAUCAAAUAUAAUGUUAAGAUUAAUGAAAUCCUUUAAGAAACCUUUCAGGGAUUUCCUCAAUCUAUUCAAUGCAUCUCAGCUUGAUAAUGCUGAUGAACAAGCGGCACAAGUACGCCGAGAGCUUGAUGGUAGACUUCAUUUAGUUGAACAAAUGUCCCGGUCACUCAUACAAAGAUCCUGUAACAAAAUGCCAGAUAAGACAAGAAAACAUCCUAAAUUUGUUGUUAAAGAAAUGGAAAGCAUGUAUAUAGAUGAAUUAAAAUCAGCCAUAAAUCUCUUGAUGGCAAACUUGGAGAGCUUACCAGUAUCAAAAGGUAGUAAUGAAACGAAAUAUUCACUGAAAAAAUUUCAAAAAUAUAACAGGACUCACCACUCCUCAAUUUCCAAGUUAGAUGUAUCUGAAGACAAUGAGCCUGGCCUUUCAAAACUUGAUGUUGUUCUUACUUUUACUCUUGAGGUUCAUGUAAUUGAAGUUAAAAAUCUCCGCUCUUUAGCUCCGAAUAAAAUUGUUUAUUGUACGAUGGAAGUUGAGGGUGGAGAAAAACUGCAAACUGACCAAGCUGAGGCCUCCAAACCUUGCUGGGAUACUCAAGGUGAUUUUACAACCCCCCACCCCUUACCAGUUGUUAAAGUUAAAUUGUAUACAGAAAGCUCUAAAGUACUAAGUUUAGAAGAUCGCGAAUUGGGAAAAGUUGUGAUUCGGCCCACUGCAAGCAGUAGCCGGCAACCAGAAUGGUUUCAAAUGCAAACCAUCAAAAAAAAUUGCCCCGAUGAUUUACGUAUUAAAAUAGCUGUUCGAAUGGAUAAGCCACAAAAUAUGAAACAUUGCGGAUACCUGUUUGCUUUGGGGAAAAACGUUUGGAAAAAAAGCAAGAAAAGAUAUUUUGUUUUAGUUCAGGUAUCUCAAUACACAUUUGCCAUGUGUAGUUACAGAGAAAAAAAACCUGAACCAACAGAAAUGAUGCAACUUGAUGGAUUUACGGUAGAUUAUACUGAGCCCCAUCCUGAGUUCAUGGAAGGGGGAAAAUAUUUCUUCAAUAUUGUGAAGGAAGGUGACACGGUAACAUUUGCUACAGAAGAUGAAACAGAGCGUACAUUGUGGGUUCAAGCAAUAUAUCGAGCUACAGGACAGACACACAAACCUGUACCUCCUGUAAUGCAAACUAAUAAAAUUAGCAAUACUCAGAUAUCAAGAAUGCAAGGAGAUGCAGAUAGAGCCCGAAAACAUGGAUUAGAUGAAUUUGUCCAGGCAGAUCCAUGUCUCUUUGAUCAUCAUGAAAUGUUUAGCCUUCUGCAAAAUUUAUCCCUUGAUUAUAGAUUAAAUGAUACUUACACUUCACUAGGUUGGUUUAGUCCAGGCCAAGUUUUUGUCUUGGAUGAAUAUACUGCUCGUUAUGGUGUCCGGGGUUGUCAUCGGCACCUUUGUUAUUUGAAUGAUUUACUGACUCGGGCUGAAAAAGGAACAAUGAUUGACCCAACCUUAAUUCACUAUAGUUUUGCCUUUUGUGCAUCCCAUGUUCAUGGAAAUAGGCCUGAUGGCAUAGGAACAGUUCUUCUCUCUGAAAAAGAGAAGUUCGAUGAGAUUAAGGAGCGAUUGCGUGUACUAUUGGAGAAUCAGAUCACAAACUUUAGAUAUUCCUUUCCAUUUGGAAGGCCUGAAGGUGCUCUGAAAGCUACUUUAUCUUUGUUAGAACGCGUUCUGAUGAAAGAUAUAGUGACACCAGUCACUCCUGAAGAAGUUAGGAAAGUUAUUAAGAAAUGUUUGGAAAAUGCUGCGUUAGUUAAUUAUACUAAGAUAUCUGAAUAUGCAAAAAUUGAAGCAAAUGAACGUGCUGCUGCUGCUGCCGCUGCUGCAGGGCUUGUUUCAGGUGAAGAGCAACAAGAAUCUCUGCAGGCAGAAGUUUCCCCAAAGAAACGUCUGGAGGAUGUUAUUCAUCUUGCUGAAUUAUGCAUUGAAGUGCUACAACAAAAUGAAGAGCAUCAUGCAGAGCUGCGAGAUAAAAGCAAACUCUCACCAUGGGAAUCCAAUUAUACAUCAAAGUCAAGCAAAAAAGUCGAAAAUGCAUUUGCCUGGUUCAGUGACUUGCUGGUUGAACACACAGAAUUAUUCUGGUCACUUUUUGCUGUAGACAUGGAUGCAGCAUUAGAAAUGCAAGCACCAGACACCUGGGACAGUUUCCCUCUGUUCCAGUUGUUAAAUGAUUACUUAAGAAAUGACGAAAAUCUUUGCAACGGCAAAUUUCAUCAACAUUUGCGUGAUGUGUUUGCACCACAGGUUGUGAGAUAUGUUGAUUUAAUGGAGUCUUCAAUUGCACAGUCAAUUCAUAAAGGUUUUGAAAAAGAACGCUGGGAUGCACAAGGACGUGCUUGGGGUUCCAGCAAUGGAUGUGCAACAUCAGAAGACAUGUUAUGGAAGUUAGAUGCCCUUCAAUCGUUUAUUCGAGAUUUAAGGUGGCCUGAGGAAGUUUUUGCGGAGCAUCUAGACAAUAGACUUAAAAUUAUGGCUGCCGAUAUGAUUGAAGCUGCGGCCAAACGCACUUUAAAAGCUUUUGAGACCUGGUUAAAGAAGAGUGGUAAAGGAACUGAUUAUAUAGUUCACUCUGAGGUCUGUGUCAUGAUUAACGUUAUCACUGAUUGCAAAAACAAGGCAUUGCACCUGUGUGCCUUGGACAGCGGGGAAAAUAUUCACCAGUACCAUACAAAAAUUGAUGAAUUCCUUGAAAAAGUACAGGUGCAAAUGGGGAAAUGCUUAGUUGAAAAAUUAUUAUCCGUUUUGGAAUCAGUUCUUAGUAAACUUGCCCGCUAUGAUGAAGGAACAUUCUUUUCAUCUAUUCUAUCACUUACGAAACCUGUGAAUGAACUUGGAAAAGCUUAUGUUGAUUUUAUGCGAGGCAAUUUAGAGCAAUUAAGACAAAGACUCGCUGAUGAAUUAUUGACACUUAAUAUAUUCGAGCAAUGGUAUACUGGACAAACUAAGUUGAUAUGUGAUUGGCUCACUGAACGGUUAGAUUUGAGCCUUCAUCCAUACCAGUUAACAUGCAUAAUGAAUAUAAACAAGAAAUACUAUUCAGAUUUUGAACUGCAAGGUGUACCAGAAACAACUCUCAAUAGUAAAACAUAUCAAACUAUAUGCAGUCGGCUCCAGGUGGAGGAGGCCACUCAGUCCGUAACCCAGUCAGACAGUGGACUGCGAGGACGUUUUAUGACAAGUGGAGAAGAAGAAUCUGACUAAACAAAUAUUAAAUGGAGAUCGUGUUUUGAUAUACAUUUCUAUUAUAACAUCAUUCCUUAAAGAUACUACAGUUUUUAGUCUUUAAUUUAAUACAAAACUAGCAUUUGGGCAGUUGUUUUUCUGCCAACCAAAUAGCAGUAUCCACAACUGAUACUGUCUUUCUGUUUGUAUCAGCACUAGAUCCAGUGUAAGUUGUUUCACAUUCUGGUAUGCAUGCUUGCUACAUGAGUUUUUGUGCAACAGAACCCAAGAAUUUAUCUAUAGAGUUACGUCUUUCAUUCAUUGAUUUCUGUAAGAAAUAUUUGCAAUUCCAAUAUUUCAUUGUUUUUUUUUUAUUAUUUUAAUACUGAUUUCUUUUCAUGAUUGGCAUGAUAGUGUUCAUCCAUAUUACCUUUCUACUGGAACUAAAAUUAUAUAAUAGUAUUGUUGUACUAGUAGUAGGUGGUAUUAAACUUUUAUACCUAACCACUUAUCCCUGGUUCUACUAAUAAAUGAGCUUUUGGAAAUUUUUGAUAUAAUAUCACUACUUUGUUCGACUAAAAUGAUGAAUCCUGUAACAACCAUCUGUGAGCCUCUCUGCAGUUCAAUCAUUUGCAGCAUCUUUUCAUACUGAACAAAGUAGUGAUCAUUAAUAUUCAUAUGGCUAUAAAUGAUGCAAUAAUGCUAAAAUUAAUUGUACCUAAGAUAUAAAAAAUCUUCAGGUAUCAUUACUUCACUAUGAAAAGUGAAAUGUCCUUUGUAGAUUCAUUUUAUUACUUUUAUCUCAAAGCUCAUUGAUCCAGCUGUGGAGGCAUUUUCCUCUUUUUUUUUAAUAUACAUUAUUUUAUGAUGAGCUUAAUGUUGUGUAAAUUUAGCUAUUUUAAUAUGAGCUUUCAAAUUCAUUAAAACUUUAAUAGAAAUAGAUCCUUAUAGCCUUCAAAUGUUUUCCAGGAAUUUUGCUCCUUUAUUUUCUAAUUAUUAAACUUUGAAAUGAAUUUCAAUUUUAUACUAUCUCACUAGAUACCAUAUCAUAAAGCAAUACUAAAUAGUAUAACUAGGAGUUAUGUCAAUCUUUUCUUAUUUGUUAAGAUUUUAUAUUUAGGUGAUUUCUAUACUACAUCACCUCCAAUAUUUCUACUAGCUCUUGCCUUUUGACAAUUAGUCUCUUGCUGAUUACUAAAUAACUUCUUAACUAAAAUAAAGGGAAAUCUUUGUAAUACAUUAGUUUACAAACUUUUUUAAAAUUAUAAACAUAACUGUUAUUAGUUAUGUUCAUAUUUUACUGCCUGUUAUUGGUUUCAUUUUUAUAGUGUGUAAUUUUAUUUCUUUGGGGGUUUUCCAAUGAUUAAUUUGAAGAUUUAUUCCAAGGAGAAAUGUUCAUGAGAUGUGCAUGUUAAAGUGUUCUUUUUUUCAAUAAUGAUUGACUAAAUACAUUCCAUAUUUACAAAUUUAUGCUGUAAGUUGAUUAAUUCUUGCAUUAUAUAUUACUGAAUAUAUAUUCAUGUUGUAAAGUUGUUUGGAAUGCAUGCAAACACUGUUACAAAAAUUACCUGUUGUUACUUAUACAAAAUAACCAAAUAGGAGAAUUUUAUUUGUAUUUUGCAUGCAAGACACCAUUAUAUAAUUUUUCUUUAAUUAAAAAUUGAAGUUUUAAUACUUUUUUUUAAUAUUGAAAUUAAAUAAUUUAAAAUUGUUUCUUGAUAUUGUUUUGGUUUCACUACCUAAAAUAUAUAUUAUUUUAUAACU